AUGUGGAAACCUCCAGAACACUUGCACAGAUUGUCUAGAUCUGAAUUAGGGCUUUGGACAACAAGGGAACAUUGCUCUUCAACGUCCAAACAUGUGCCGUCAACAAGCACUGCCUUGGAUACCCUUCAGCCCACCGCUCGACACCCUCUUACCUCUCCUAAUCACUCCAUCGACCUCAGCAACAGUACCAAUGCUGCCAGGUCGCCCGACACAACAACUUCGUCGCCAAGAACCCAUCAAGACGCUCGCAAACAUGGUUGGAUGACCAAUUACUCCAAGGCUACCCCUUCCACUUCCUCAACAGCUCAGCCCCGGUCGACUACGCUCCCUAUACCAAGACCCCAAUCGCGCUACUCAUCAGACGUGAACGACGAUUGUAUACACUUAGAUGCUGCUCUUAGGAUGUACUUAGAUACGAAUAAUAAUCAUGCGAACAACACUGAGACUACGUCUAACUCAAGCCGACGCUCCCAACAGAGCUCUCAAUGCCGGAGCAUUAGUAACGAACGCUCCCAGCACGAGAACAACAGCCUCACGGUCUCGGAUACGCACAACGUAGUAGCGGUUAACAAGGAUAUAUUUCGUCGAGCACAGGAUGGUAGCAUACAUACAUCUAAGGAACGGUACAGAGAGCGCGACGCACCUUUCGACCCAAACCAUCGUCGCAAGGAAGCUAUCUCAUCGACUCCAUCGACUCAUGAGGCCCGCACGGCUACGGCGCAGCAUGAAUGCGUUGAAAACUAUAUGGACGACCGUCACAAACGUUCAUAUCAACAAUUAAGCUCUAAACGAUCAUUGCCGAACAAUAUUUACUCACCGUCAACUGAGAGAACGUCGCCGUGCAUCCCACGCGACCCAUCGUAUACUGCAAGUGACCCAUCGUACGCCCUAAGCAAUCCGCCGUACAGCUUGAUCGACCACAACAGUGAGGAUCCAGUCGAUCCUUUGAAUCAUAGCAUCAGCUAUGAUACAAUGCGGGAUAACUACCUGGUCAACAACAGGGACAACGGCUGCAAAGCCUCAGGCAGUCAACUAAGCUUCGAACCUGAUACAGAGUCUAAGUACUUACCCGCAACGGUAAGACAGCCAGAGGAAUGGCACACUAAGACUAAGACUCGACGAGGUCAGGCAACGGUUAGCUCCCAAUGCUCGCCAGACCAAGCUAUAUCAUACAACCCCCGCUACGAAUCAGUUGCAGAGAGUUUGGAUUUAAGCAAGUACACACCAACAGUUGCAGUACAGCUAGACGAAUGGCCGGUACAGCCUAGAACAUGGCAGCACGAGGAGACUACUAGCUCCCAACACUCGCCAGAACAGGUUGCACUGCACGAUAGCCGUAGUUCAUUGGCAACUAGCAGUCCAGAACUAAGGAAGUACUUACCGUAUUUGCCUGAUACCCCCGCGUACGCAAUUACAGAUAAGGAAAUAGCAGACUACUCGUUUCAGCCUGCUAGUGCCGGACUUAUCUCUGAGACCCGAUUGGACCCGGAAAUUAGCCGAGCCAGAAGAACACUUCGGCGGUUAGCACGCAACUUAUAUAAUCUACCCAUGCCGACUCAGCAAGACAGUUACACUCCGGACCAAUCAUGUGAAACAUGGGCCACGCAUUUAUUUGAGUUACUAGACAUAGUUACUACAUUCAGACCGACCUGCCUUAUCACUAAUAAGUUAAUUCCUGCCCAAGACAUGCAGGACUGGCCUGAAUAUGGCGAACUUCACAUUGCCUAUAAUAGUCUAGUUGCUAAGACCAUUCGGCAAUCAAAUGAAUUUGACUUACUACUUCCUACACCAGAAUGGCCGGCUUCCGAAUGCUUGUUCGACGCAUGCGCGUUCGAAGUAGCUGCUGUUAGCUUUAGGGAUCAAAUGGAACGAUCAAUCCAAAGGUUGCACAACAUACUUACUAAGUCUAUAACAGUUCAAGACUUGCCUCAUAAGUCAUCAACUAAUCAUUUACCUGCAACGAAUCAUCCACAAGGUGAUCCACGUAAGCAUAACUCACGAAUAAAUUCGAAUUGCCAACCGGACUUGUUACCUAACGAGGCUAAGAACCAACAUGAGUUAUCACAUGAUAAGUUGCCGACUCAAACAACACUAAUCGAAUCGCCUACCAUGUCAUCUACAUGCGAUGAUGAUUACAGAGUGACCAAAGUGUUUCAGUCAUCAGCUAAGCUUCGACUGCCCCAUUCAGAACCAAUGGGACAUCUAAAUCGGCAUACAAGUCCUAGAGCAAGCAUUGAGUACAUGUAUGCGUCAGCAGGAAGUACCAUUAGCAACCUUGAAACGGUUAAGGGUACUCAGCCUAAUCAUAUGACGAUGAGCUCAAGCUCCUACUCAUCACUCAACGAUUCUCAGCCGUCCACCCCUCUCGACUUGGAAGUAGUAUCCGUAUCGACACCUACGUUUACUCUAGAGUGUGGCAAUAGCCCAGCAUUGCCCGUCUGGAAGUCGGUUGACAAAUCGAUACCCAUUGUUGAUGAGAUACCAGUAGAAGCCGUAAAGGGUAUUGCAUCUAAUGAACAGCUAAGCGAUCUAUGGGUCAACAAGAUAGCUCAGCCUUUAGUUACAAUCAAAAAACGCAAUGGUAUUACAUCAAGAAAGGAGAGCUUAGCCAAACCUGUUAAGCAACCAGACAAUGAGUCAAUCCGGAUGAUGCGCGACCAGUUCAGAAGUACUACACCACUGCCAGAUGAAGCAUUGUGUGAUCCGGUACACAUAAACAGUCAUCACUCUUUUGGUAACCUUAGUCCUUUGCAUGUAUUGGUUACAACUAGUAGCGCAAAUGGAAUCAUUAAGCAUACAGGAACGCCGUCUAACCUUACUAGUCAUGGUCCUACUAGUAUAGAUACUCACAUAUCUAAUACACAUGCUAAGCGGACUAUAAGUAAUGAUUUAACCUAUAAGGAAGCAGCUCCUAGGACAAUUAGCGGAUUAUCAAUUUCUCAAGCUAGUCAUUCACCAGACGAAUUCCACAAUGCAACUGAUCCAUUUUCAUCCAUGAUAACCAAACAAGCAAUCGACGCUUCGCAUAACAAUGUGGUACACACCUCAAGCAGUAUUAGGCAAACAAAGGAACAAGAUUUAUCUAGUCGCUUACCUAGACAGUCGCAAUCUAAGCCAUGCUUAAAUCAAGACCUAUUGACUAACGCGCCAAACAAACCACUUAGUCAGCAAGAACAUGGUGAGACGCUAACGGGUGUUUGCAGCGAAACAUUGGGAAAUUUUCCAGAUUUUCAACCGCUGGAAGUCGAUUUAUCGCCGGAUAUGAAGGACUGGCUAGUUGAAACUAUCCGUGAAAUUCAGCAAAUAAUGGAUAUAUACGCAGAACCUACCGUCUCGCAUACAUCUACAGCUGACUCAGCGGUUAUUGAGAUUGAACGCCAUUCAGCUUUAGACUCGACAAGACCGCCCGGUCCGGAGCAUCCAAUAUCGACGAUAUUGCCUGAUAAAUCAAGCAAGUCGGCCCAGCGAAUGACUAAGCUUAGCGCGUCAAUGAAGAGUUCGGAAUCUUCGUCUCUGUGUAACAACAGUCACACGACUAGACUUGUCAAUGAUCUAUUACUACCAGCGCAAUCAUCCGUAAGGAUCUUUGAGUCUGAAGCAAGCAAACAAUCUUUAUUGGUGGAUAAAAUUGACAUGGGCAAGAACGACACUAUUCAGAGCGCGCUACAAGCGACACCGUCACGUGAUCCUUACUCAGCAUUGUCUGAAACAAUUCGCGGCUCUGAAUCGACUGAAAUAAGUGCAGCCGACUAUGCUACCACUAACACUAGUAUAUUCAAGGACGUUUCAAUCAAUAGUGGAGAAGGAAGCGUGACUAUUAGUUCAAUUGAUUCAUCGGCAUCGUCUGUAAGUACAAUCGAUCACGAACUACCGACGCAAGACUCGAACGAGCCUCCGGAAAGCUCGCAUUAUGAAAUGAAACAUAAGACACUUACGCCAAGCUUCGAUACCCAGUGUAUCAGCUCUGAGUUACGAAAUGAACAUGUUGGUUUGCACUCCGAGCAGCUAAGGAAUUGGAUUAGCGAGCAGACGCUAGUACAUAUCAGUGAAGAACCAGACAGUGCCCAUAGGAGCUUACCUAUUAUACUUGUGAACACAGAAUACUCUAACGCGUUGCAUGAAUACGACUCAUCGGGUACAUCGGUAGUAUUAGUCCCGAGCAUUAGCGUUGCUGCGAACGCCGCAUUUGAAUCUCUAGCGCCGUCGGAAAUUAGAAACCUAAGUCCCGACUACCAGCCUAUGGCCCUAUGCAUAAGCGCCGAGUCAAGCGCCGAGUCAAGCGCCGUUAACACUGAGCUCCGAAUCGUAUUACCUGAGAAAUCAGCUAAUGACGAACCAGUUAUUAGUCAAGCAGAGUUAGUUUCAGAUAUUGGAAUUAAUUGUCUAGUACCAGAAGAGCCGACUACACCAAGCAGAGGUGAUAAUAUCGAUCAAAUAAGUAUUCAUUCAUCAAUAUCUACUGACGAAGGACUCCGGUCGCCGGUAAUUAAUACAAAGAGUCCAAACGGCUUAACAAUAUCGGAUGUAAGAGUCGAAACUCCUAUGUCGCAAGACCCCGAACUACCUUCGACACUUAUAUCAGGGAUGUCAAGCUCGAUAACGCAUUCGUUCACCAAGCCGACCGAUCAUGAAUACUUGCUACCGCCUGAUAAGCUUACGCCAUAUGGUUUGGUUACAAGUGAAGUAUCCAAUCCAGGAGACAGGAGUAACAACGACACGUUAGCUUCGACACCAAUGAGAGAGCAUCUAUACCAAUACGAACUUUUAGAAGAUCAGUUGGAUAUAUCGACAACCCUCUCGUACAAGUACAAUCAGGAAGCGGAACGUAAACACUCGACUUACAAGCCGGAAGCUAUCGAGCCCGACGAACCAGAUAUUAAUCUUUGUAUUAGCUCACUAAAUACACAAGCAUCUGGCACAGCGGAGGAACAGGCACUGCAGCAUAUAACCGGUCCGUCGUACCAAGACAACUUUACCUUUACAGUUAGGAGCGCCGCAGCACGAACAUCACGGCUGUCUCGAUCGCCUGUAAGGUCCAGCUCAAGACGAAGUACUAACCAAGCAUUCGGCACUGCAAAGAAUUUAAGGUCGAAUAGAGUCAGUAGUUCAACCGCGUCUAAGGCACGACGAAAUAGGAAUACAUUACCUACUCACGUAAGGAGCCGAUUAGCCAGCUCGCGCAGAUUCAGCGAAUCGUCUCAGGAUGAAACGUCGCAAGCUUCCGUUAGCAGUCAAUAUAGUCAUAAAUGCGACCGAGGAGACUCGCCUUGUGCCCAUGAAUCAAAUCAGAGCUCCAACGAAGACCAACAUCCUCAACAAAGGACAAGGAACGAUCCUCCGGAUCCACCUGACGAAUCAGGAGAUGAGUAUAGUGACGUACCUAUAAGGAAUCCUAUACGCGCACGAUCUUUCAGACCUAAGCCCGUGCACUUUGAUCCUAAACUUGAGCCGGAUAACAUUCCAGAAUGGAAUGGCAAUACCAGCGAAUUACCCAGAUGGAUCAUAUCCAUCAAUAAUUUAGCUGAAUACGGUAUCUAUGCACGCAUACAGUUAGGACGACAAGUGCCAUCGAGACUCACGGGUCGAGCGCUAAGAUGGUUUAAUGCACUAGAUAAGACUUAUCGACGAAUCAUCACCGCCGAUUGGCCAAGUUUGAGACGCGCAAUAACAAUACACUUCAUGAAUCGAUUGCUGAUAGACAGAAAUAAGGCCGAAGCUCUUCAAGCCGGAUUCAGAGACAGAGAUAACCCGUAUGAAACACCGGUAGACUACAUUGUUCGGAAGGCCGAAACGCUUACUCUAUUUAGCGAUUGGACCGAAUCUGAACUAAUUACGGAGAUCAUGAACAGCGCUCCUGAACAUUGGUCAUUGUAUAUAGAUACAUCUGUAGGAACUACAUGGGACGACUUCUUGGACAAAGUUGCAUGGCAUGAAGACCGCUUGCUGAGACAUGAUAAUAAUAUAUCUCAGGACAUACAGAAGCAGCUCGACGAAAUAAAAGAAAUUCUGAAAAAUAUCGAAAUUCAACCGGAUUCCAACGUCAAGACGAAUCGCUCCAGUCAAGGGGAUUACAAAGAGUUAAGCGACAACGAGAAUACGAGUGACAACGAGUCUGAAAUCAACGAAAAAGCCUCUACUCAAGACUCCUACCAAACCCUUCGAUCCUUCACAGCGUUAGUGCGCCCAUGCACUCCCGAGCCAAUACCAGCUAGAAAGUCAAUCGAAGAAGACGUUAGUAGUCGACAGAGUUUGGACUGGAAGUCCAGCCAGGAGCGAUUAACAAUAGAAUUAGCUAAACUGAAUGAGCGAUUGAAUGAGCUAUUAACACCGCAAACGUUGCCUGCUACGGAACUACCUAAAGGCGAUAGGAAAGAAAUCCCUACGGACUGUAAUGCAUCAGCAGGUACCAGCGCAUUUAUGGGACGGAAUCAAGCAGUGGAAUCACCUCUGCGCAAGACACGUCUCCAGUCAAAGGCAGACCUACCGUAUAUCAGCCCGGCAAACCCAAGGUCACACGGAACAACUCACAGGCGUAACCACUUAUAUCCAGGGAAAAUGCAACAGCCUCUGGACAAGUUAACAUAUUGGUCAGGACAACGUACCAUUAUCAAUUUAAUAGAUGUUCCAUGUUCAGAUAUCAUCAAAGCGCCUUUGUACAAACUCAGAAGACGUCCUAAUAGAUAUCAGCAAGACCUAGUGAUCAAUCAAUGGUCUAAGAGCUUAGCGGAAAUGUUAAGGGAACAAGAAUACAUGAAACUAGGAGAUAAAUGCACCUACCAGCACCCUAUUCAAUGGCUGGGACGCGACUUAAGUAGCAAACCAAAGAAACAACUCAAGAGUGCACCAGAUUUAAGAUUAAGAUCAAAAUCACUCAAAGGAACCAUUAAAGAUAAUCCACUCUAA